GGGGGAAGCGCGAGAGUGAGUGAGUGGCUGAGUGAGUUUACCCCUAUGAGGCGGUGAGAGGCCCGGGGCCUACCUCAGAGGAGCGGGGUCGCGGCGCCAGCUAGCAGCGGGCCCCCUCCCGGUCCCCGGGCCCGGCGGCGCGGCGGCGGCUCGGUUGUGAGGAGGCGGGGAAGCGAGUGUCCGGCUCCAGCCAUGGAGGGCAUGGACGUGGACCUGGACCCCGAGCUGAUGCAGAAGUUCAGCUGCCUGGGCACCACCGACAAGGACGUGCUCAUCUCCGAGUUCCAGCGGCUGCUCGGUUUCCAGCUCAACCCGGCGGGUUGCGCCUUCUUCCUGGACAUGACCAACUGGAACCUACAAGCAGCAAUUGGCGCCUAUUAUGACUUUGAGAGCCCAAACAUCAGUGUGCCCUCUAUGUCCUUUGUUGAAGAUGUCACCAUAGGUGAAGGAGAGUCAAUACCUCCUGAUACUCAGUUUAUAAAAACAUGGCGGAUCCAGAAUUCUGGGGCAGAGGCCUGGCCUCCAGGGGUUUGUCUUAAAUAUGUCGGGGGAGACCAAUUUGGACAUGUGAACAUGGUGAUGGUGAGAUCGCUAGAGCCCCAAGAGAUUGCAGAUGUCAGCGUCCAGAUGUGCAGCCCCAGCAGAGCAGGAAUGUAUCAGGGACAGUGGCGGAUGUGCACUGCUACAGGACUCUACUAUGGAGAUGUCAUCUGGGUCAUUCUCAGUGUGGAGGUGGGUGGACUUCUAGGAGUAACGCAGCAGCUGUCGUCUUUUGAAACGGAGUUCAACACACAGCCACAUCGCAAGGUAGAAGGAAACUUCAACCCGUUUGCCUCUCCCCAAAAGAACCGACAAUCAGAUGAAAACAACUUAAAAGACCCUGGGGGUUCCGGGUUCGACUCGAUCAGCAAAAACACAUGGGCUCCUGCUCCUGACCAAACUGAGCAAGAUGAGAAUAGACUCUCACAGAACUCUGUAAAUCUGUCCCCCAGCAGUCACGCAAACAACUUAUCAGUAGUGACUUACAGUAAGGGGCUCCACGGGCCUUAUCCCUUCGGCCAGUCUUAAACGGGUGUCAGCAAGAAGAAAAAUUAACAAAAGACAGAAGGCUUGACUUUGGGGGGGAGGGCAAGGGGUUCCUCUGGAUUGCAGACCACAUCGCGUGGACCCCUGGCUCUGACCCCCCAUCCUGGAAGAAGAGGAAGACGCAGAACAGACUAGUUUUGAGUAAACUCAGUAUGCAUGUGUGAAUGCUGAUUCACAGGAAUGGUGUUGAGGCUACCAAGAAGAAAUCUGUGCAGCCACUUUGGGUUUUGUUUAUUAAGUGUCAGUCUAGCAAGUCAUUAGGUCACUCAAGAAGGAAAAAAAAGUUUAAAAUGGGGGAAAAAAGCCAUCUUUUUAAACAAAAAUUAUUUUGCCUACAGACAGGUUGUAGUUUUGAGCACAUGUUAAUUUUCUCCCCUCUUUCCCACUUUUAUUUUUUUUAGAUAAGGGAUAACAUACUCUUUAUAGAAUAGCUGCUUGCUCUGGAAGCGAUUCAGGUUAGAAGCUGGCGUGGCAUGUUUGGGGACUCUGCGGGUCAGUGCCACAUGACUCCACAAGUCUCUGACCCCAUUUGUUUUUCAUGGCAUCAGCCAAUGAGUUAUCACCCUUUUCCUCUUCUUUUCUCGUUAAUCUUCUGUUGAUUUACACCUUUGACAUUUGUAUUCGUCAACCCUGUGGCUUGUUACCAUCAGAACCUCUCUGAAGACCAAACUUCCCUGUGUGGCCAGCGGAGGAAGCCUUGAGGACAGAUCUCGGGUGACGUGGGAGUUUCUGAGGCUGAGAGGUGUCCUUCUGCACACACUUGUAACAAUUCAAAUUGCUUUCCUUCCAUGUUUCUCUUGGCAGAGAGAAAUGCCAUCACGCUUACUGCUCUUCUGGAUUCUUUGUACACAGUGGCCCCCAUUCACUCUGGGAACAGUGCCUCUGUGCUGCAUAUGUGCGUGUGCCACGUGCACACACACACGGGUGUUGGUGCAGCUCACCAGCGAUUGUGCAGCAGGCGAAUGUGAAGGUGUCCCAUGCUUCUCUGUUGUCACACAGCUCCUUUCCCUGUGUUCUCCUCCAGUUGUCCUUUGUGGUGGUUUCACAGCCUGUUAGUGGAAGCUGAGCUGUUAAGGUAUGAAAAUAUAGCCCCAGAUGGGGAAUUUGCCAUGGGGAAGGGCCACAGCUACCACAUUUUGAUGGAACUGAAAGGUCCCCAGCCCUGAGCAGGAUGCUUGGUUAUUGGGAGGUGGUGGGCAAAGGGCAGCCCUGCCAGAGCACAGGCUGAUUAGCUGGCUGCUCACUUGGACAGGUGGCCCCACUGGCAUCCUGUGGAUUCCAAGCAGUUUGAGAUGUGGAUAUCUCCAUGGAAAGUUUGAACCAGGCUAGAACAGCUGUCUGCCAAAGAUACAAGAAUAUGCAAAGUCCCUCUUCUCUUCUUACCCCUCCUUCCCUCGAGUCUUGGUUGGUUGAUAGCCAGGGAUAUGGGUCUAGGUGCGGGUGCAGAGUUGCCUGCCUGUUCCCACACCCCCACCCAUCCUGAGGGUGUGAGACCAGCAGGGAGACCAGGUCGAUGAGCGGCUGCAGUGGGUCAUACAGCCUGGGUGUGGGUGAUGGUCUGCCUGCCUGUCUCUCUUUCUGGGUGUCGGAGAAAAAAAUGUGUGUUGUUUGUUCCUCCUCAUCCUCUUCUGAGACUGUUGUUUUUUUAAAGCUUGAUUGUGAGAGAAAAGUUUGUAUGAAAUUCCCCCUUUGCCUUCCCUCCUCCCAAAAAAUUGAAAGGGGGAAUAAACAUUGGUCCACUGGAGAGGUCCUGAGGGAGGGUGGAGCCAGCCUGCUGAGAGAGCAGUGCGGCUGGGGCUGGACUCGGGCUCACAGCGGAGCACCUACUUUCUAUGCACACGAAGAGUACCCCAUUCCCGAGCAGAGCAGAUGGGAGUCCCUGCCAGGUGCCCAGGCCACCACAGGCCCAAGCAGGGGCUCACGAUAGCUUUUUGUCUGGGGGCCCUGUUAGGCCCAGACUUCUGCUACUGUUGGUGCCAACCUCCUGGACACCACCACCCUGGAGCCUACACAUGCCCAGCCGUUUUCCUCACUAGAUAGCCUCAGAGCGUCACAUCUUCAGCUGCCCUGGUGGGAUCGUGGGAAGCUUUCCAUCCCCUGGUUUCCUGGUUUCCUGGCUUCCUCAUCUGCCCCGCACUAGGCGCCCCUUCCCCUUCCCAGGAGGCGCUGCCUGCCAUGAUUCAGCAGUGACUUCACAGGUCACCAUCAGUGGGUCUGGCCCUGCCAGGGGAAUCCUCUUCUCCUCUUGCUUGUAGGCAGCUUCACCCAGCAAGGUAAUUGGCCCAAGCACGUUAGCUUCCCUCCCAAAGACAAACCAUUUCUGUACACAUCUUUGGAGAGGUGAGCUCCUUGCUGAGGCCAGAGCAAGCGCAAGCCAUGGAAUAGAAGCAGAAGGAGUCUGUGGUUCCCCCAGGACCUGGAGGCUGUCAGUACCCUUGAUCCUGCCUCCUCCCAUUGGUUUAGGUUCUGAGCAACUCCUCGAGCCCCUCCUCUCCCCUGCUGAGUUGGGCAGCAUAGGCUACCCUCUCAGCCUCAGUGGUCUCAGUUCCUCUUAGGCUCCUCAUCAAAUGGCAGGCUGCCCCUGGGCAGGACUUCCAGUGUCUGGUACCCAUGAGGUGACACAAGCAGCAUCCUUAAGGACCUGAGCCCAGUGGGGGAGGUAGAGGGGCUCAGGCCUGUGUGCAUGGAGUGAGGUGUGUGUGGAUCUGUGUGCACGCGUGCAUGCCUUUAUUUCUUUUUGCCUUGGGGGCAGUUGAAUUCGGGGCAUUUUUCACAAGAAACAGCCUUCUCUUACCCCAGCAAGGACUGGCUGUAACCUUAAGUCCGUCAAAGGCACUUCCAGCCUGGAGAGAACCUCACCAAGACAGCUGUGGCCAAGGUGGGAAGUGGGCAUGAGAAUAAACACCUCCCCAAAUUCAACCUGAGCCCUAUCAGGAGAGGAUGGUGGGGUUGCCAGGGCUCAGAAAUGGAAGCUGAUUCCCCACCCAACCCUGCCUUGUCUUUUUUUUUUUUUUUAUCCUUGGGUGAAUGCUGGAGCAGCAGUUGCUGCUUCCUCCACCUGGACAGUGGUGUGUAGCAAGCAAGCUGGGUGGUUGUUUGUGGUGGGGCCUCGUGGUGCCUGGGAGGAGAUGAAGAUGAGGAGGUUUUUCCUUACUGUAUAAAUGAAUAUUUGUAUGAUUAAAUUAACACACACCAAAAAAAAAACAAACAAAAAAACCAACCCUA